AUGGCAUACAAGGCGGCGGGAGUCGGGGGCAAGGGUCCCAUGAUGAUUGGUGUCCUUUGGUUCGAGAUUCUUUUGUCCUUCGCCGUUAUUUCAUUGAGACUAUGGACUCGGAAGUAUGUCAAAGGAAAAAUUGGAUGGGACGACAUUUGUCUCGUUGCGACAUUUGUAUUGAUGGUCGUAUUCGCUGCAAUAACAACAGUUGCCUGUUUCCACGGAAUGGGAAGGCAUUUCAACCAACUGAAGACGGACCAGUUUGCAAGGGCCAUGAUGCUGGUGAUGGUAGGCCAAUCUACAGUUUCAAUGGCUAUUGGAAUGGCCAAAGUGGUCGUUGCUACUUUCUUGUUACGAAUUGUCACUGCCGCUUGGCAACGCAUAUUCCUAUGGUUCUGUAUCGGCACCAUGAUGUUCAUCAGUGUUUUCCUUUCAAUCUCGCUCUUUGCCCAGUGCACACCAGUUGAAUCUAUCUGGAACCCAUUAUUGGCCGACGAGAAAGUUUGCAGCCUAGAUCUCACUACCGUUGCUUUCGUGGAUUGCGCUUAUGCGGCAGUGAUGGACUUUACUCUGGCCAUAUUCCCUUGGAUUGCCCUUCAUAAUCUGAAUAUUAAACGAAAGGAAAAGAUCGCUAUUUGUGUUUCUCUGAGCCUUGGAAUCUUUGCUGGUAUUUGUGGCGUUAUCAGAACUUCCGGCCUGAAAGUGUUGAGCAAUACUGGGGACUACCUUUUCGUCAUUGCCGAUUCGAUCAUUUGGACGUCCAGCGAGGUUACGACUACUAUUGUCUGCGUAUGCAUUCCUUCCCUUCGACCUCUUUACGGAAAGAUUACCGGCCAACUCUCCAGUUCUGGUGGCGAGCAGACAACUCCGAGCUACGAUGCGGGAAAUUCCUACAAACUCAGCUCAUACACAGGCAAGAAUGGUACAAAGACGAACAUCGAGGCAGCACAGGCUCGCGCUACCACUCUCAAUGACAGCGACGAAUCCAUACUCCUAAGACGCAACGGGGACAUUGUGAUGACGCAGGAGGUCUCCGUAACAUACACGGACCCGAAUGAUGGUAAAGGCUCCGUUAACUGA